GCGGUCGGCUGCCUCUCUGCGCCUCUCUUGCAACUCGAGUAUGAGGGCACGACUACAAAUAACCCGACGAUAUGCUCUGUAGCGACAUUUGACGAAAAGACCGCAACGCCGUUCCGGAGUACGAUUCCAGGCAAAGAGCCGAUUCAAGUUGGACGGUGGCAUGCAUUCAGGAAGAGGGACGAGAAGACAUCUCUGGAAUCGCUCCCGCAAGAGUCCGAGGGCAUCAACUGGGAAAGCGUGUGGGCGAAGAACAGGUCCGCGCCCGACGUUCCGCCAGAGCUUCGGGGACUACGGCCUGAGGAUGUACAGACUAUCCUGUACCUGUCCGAUAGCGCGCCCGAAGGCCUAGCCCAGUCGUUAUCCAAGUUUGACCGCUCGUCGAAGCUGGGCUUCAUCGCAUCGUCAACACCCUUCGUGAAUGGCCGGCCGCACACGCUAUUCUUCGGCAACGAAGUCCAUUCGGCGGGUGCGGUGGGCAUUGCAUUCACUUCGGACGGCUCUGCAAAGCCCCGCAUGGAUAUGGAGUUCCCUGAGCUGAAUGCGAUAACAGACAGGCUAUUGACGGUGACAGACAUUGAAGGAAACAUGGUACACACUCUGGAUGGCGCGAACCCGUCGCAUCUCAUCCUUUCAGCUAUAGAGAAGCUAAACGGCAAAGCUACCCCAACCCACGUUGACAUAGGCAUCAAAGAAGACGAGUUUUUCCUGGGCGUGCACCGCGACGGCAAGCUCUACCAACUCUACACCAUCCAAGGCGGAGAUCCUGCCCGCGGGACUAUCGCCUUGCGAAGUGAUGCCACUCCUGACAUUGGCUCGAAAGUGAAG